ACGGAAACCAUUUUCAACGGCCCACAGGAAGCGGAAGUUGGGUACAAACCAGCAACGUGAAGCUAGCUAGCGAUACUUGGCUAUCGCCGAUGUUGUUUGUUUGAUAUGAAGCUAAAUUUGUGAUUUAGGAAGUAGUUGAUUAUCCCAGCUGGUCGGUAUGGAUAGCGGAAAACGACAUAAGCGGCACGAAUCUCCUAUACGUGAGACAAAAAUUAAAAUUAAACAAGAAAAACUCAGUCCAGGCAAGGCUCAAAGAUCACGCCGAUCAAGUUCUGGGUCUGACCGUAGCAACUCAAGUCCCCCGAGAAGAAAAGGCAGCAGAUCACCACCCAGGAAAAAGGACCGUUCACCAGGAAAAAGAGAUGGGUCGAGAGGCGGUCGGGACAAGAGGUCUCCCCCAAGCAGAAGUCGUAGCCCGUCACGCGAUGCCGAUACCAACGUUAAGCGGGAACGUGAAGAUCAUCGAGGCGGUGAAGAAAGGAGGCGUCCUGGUCGAUGGGACGAUGUGGACGACGGGCAGGUGAAGAAAGAGGGAGAGCGCCCCCGUCAGAGAGAGAGGGAUAGAGAACGAGAAAGAGGGAGAGAUAGGGAAAGAGGAGGGGGUGGAGGAAGAGGAGCUGGUGGAGGAAGAGGAGCUGGUGGAGGCAGAGGAGGUGGUGGAGGAAGAGGAGGUGGUGGAGGACGGGUUGAACCCACACGCGAACGGGACGCUCACAUCUUCGAGGAGCAGCAGGCAGAGAGGGGGCAGCACGAGGAACAGCGGCGGGUGAGGAGAUUCGCUAGACAGGGUGGGAGUGACGAGGACAAUCCUCUUGGUGACCCGGACCAGGAAGAAGAACCCACAGAGAUGGAAAAACCCAACUUUGAACUGUCAGGAGCCCUGGUGGAAGAUACCAACACAUUCAGAGGGGUGGUGAUUAAAUACAACGAGCCCCCUGAGGCCCGUAUCCCUAAGAGGCGCUGGCGGCUGUACCCCUUUAAGAAUGAUGAGCCGCUCCCGGUUAUGUACGUCCACAGGCAGAGUGCCUACCUUAUGGGGCGCCAGAGGAAGAUCGCUGAUAUCCCCAUUGACCACCCCUCCUGCUCCAAACAACAUGCCGUUUUCCAAUAUAGGCUGGUGGAACACACCCGGCUCGACGGGACCUCAGGGCGUCGGGUGAAGCCCUACAUCAUCGACUUGGGCUCAGGCAAUGGCACCUACCUGAACAACCAGCGCAUUGACGCGCAACGCUACUAUGAGCUGAAGGAGAAGGACGUGCUCAAGUUCGGCUUCAGCAGCCGCGAGUACGUGCUUCUGCACGAGACCUCCGACACCAGUGAGGUGGACGCCAGACCGGAGGAUGAAGAGGACGAGGGGGUCGACGAGUAGGACUUAAGCUGGUCAGGGACAGAGGCAUCAUGGGGAACCUGUGUGACAGAUGAGGUCACGGAUUACAAAAUGCCAGCUGACGACGGAGAUGUUUUUUUUUUCGAACUGUUUUCAGGUUUUAAUGGAACAAAAAAAAAGUGGAAACGUCUCCAACAUGUCUGUAUACUAAAAAGGCCUCAGUCUGAAUGGAACUAGUAUGUAAGACAUUCUUAUCUCAGGUGGUUAGUUGGAGUGCAGUAAUGCAGUUUACGACAUAUUUCACUGCCUAGCCAAGCUCAUGCCAAUACCUACAAGUGCUUAAUGCCAGCUUCAUUAGCUCGAUCACAAGACAUUGCUAUGUAUUUAGUACUACACUUAUCGUUGUAUGUGUCCAAGCUAGUUACUGUCAGCACACCGGAUGUGUAGAACGUUUGUGCUGGAUUCUUCAUUUUACGUCUAAAACAGGUGGGUUACGCUUCAUUAGAGAAGAAAAUGAAACCAAAACUAUUAUUUGUCCUAUUUGUAAUCAGAGUGUAGAAUGCGAUAGCUGUGCUGUGUUGUCUCCAUUGAGUUCAGGCAGUAUUUGUUUUUGUACUGGCAUUGCUCUUUAUCGCUGGUAUCACAAUGCGAAGAAAUUGACUAUUUUCAUGUAUUAUGACAAAAGGAAUAGGGCUGUACAGUUAGUAACAACCCAUUUGUUUUGUAAGCCCCAGAGUGUCUUGGCAUAUCUAUAUUUUUAGUUAGUUUUAGAUGUUUUGUAUUGUAAAUAAACAUGUUUUCUUUCAGUGAGAAA